AUGGACAUUUACGACGCAUUAGCCAUUGCGUUUAUCAUCCUUGGACUAACUGUUUCUUCUGCAGGUGGAUUAGGUGGCGGUGUAAUUAUUGUGCCGUCCAUGGUGCUUAUCAUGGGUUUUGACAUUAAGCGUGCGACCCCCAUCUCCAAUAUGGCCAUCCUAGGCGGCGCCGUGGCUAACGCCUGGUACAAUAUGCGCAAGCGUCAUCCAACCGUAGACCGUCCAUUGAUUGAUCCGGAGCUAGCGCUUGGCAUGAUUCCUGUCGUCAUUGGUGGUACUGUCCUGGGUGCAGUGAUUAACAGACUUAUCCCGAGCUACGUGCUGUCGCUGCUGUUCAUCGUGGUGCUCGCUGUGAGCGGCUCACGAACAUUGAUGAAGGGCAUCCGUCUACAUAAGAAAGAACUUGCAAAGGAAAAAGAAGUCGAAGAUGCUGCGAAUGAAAUUGCUACGGACGUACCGACUAGUCCCGUUGUGUAUGUACAAAUUAGCACGCCGCGGAAAGACGAUGUGUCACAGGAAAAGCGUGGAAGCAUUUCAGCUUCCAUUGACGACGAAGCUAAAUUGGCUGCAGCGCGAGCGUUGAUUCUUGAAAAGGAGCGGCACUUUGCCUGGGGUCCCCAUAUUGCCAUUUUGGUUUGCUACCUGGGCAUCGUGGCUACCAGCAUCGGCGACACGUCCACUGAGUGCGGUAGCGUUGCAUACUGGGUGCUUCUGCUGAUUGAUAUUCCGUGGGUUGCUGUCUUUAUCAUAUUUGCAUCAAAUUAUCUACACAAAGUGUACCUACGCAAGGCUGAGGUGAACUAUCAGUACGUCGAGGGCGAUAUUCGCUGGACAAAGAAGAUGGUCGUGUAUUUCUCGAUGGGCUGUGUAGUUGCUGGUAUUGCCGCAGGUAUGUUUGGUGUUGGUGGCGGCAUUAUUGCUGGCCCUAUCAUGGUCGAGCUGGGCAUUGUACCUGAAGUGGCAUCGUCCACGACGGCGUUGAUGAUUUUGUAUUCAUCUGCUGCUGCCACAUCGAAAUUUGCUGUAUUCGAAAUGAUUGCGUGGGACUGGGCUUUGCUGCUAUGCGCUGUAGCUUUCGUGGUAACUUCGCUAUCACAAGUUGUGAUAUUGGGCUUUGUUCGAAGAACGGGUCGCCAGUCGAUUAUCGUGCUCUGCAUCGCUGCGGCAGUGCUCGUGGGGGGGCGUGGUCAUGACUUACCAGGGUAUCACGUCCACUAUUGA